AUGCCUUCUACAAAGCACGAAUAUAAUGAUGCUUAUGAUUAUAGGCAUCCCCUCUAUAUUGGCAGCUGGCGAAGGAAUGUCGCGUACGUUGACGAAGAUUUUGUUAAUGACAACCUAGACGAGCCUCAUUUGAAGAGGAAUAUUACAAUUUUAAGCCAAUAUCCAGAAAUUAAAAGACUAUACGGAUAUGACACCUUUACCGUAGAUAUUGCAAUUGUCGGAGUCUUAGUUCAGGUGACGACAGCAUAUAUAUUUGGUCGCUUACUAGUCGAUUGGCAUUUGACAAUAACAGGAUUUCAAAAUCGUAUUAUAGGUCUUAUCGCAAAUAUAGCAUUACCAAUACCAAUAUCCAUGUCUUUUCGUCGACACCAUUUAAACCAUCACGCUUUUCAAGGUGUGAAUGAAAUAGAUCCAGAUAUGCCUUCAGAAUGGGAAAAAAACAUUCAUCCGGUAGCAGCUCGCCAUAUACAAGAACAUUAUACGUUUGAUGAUGGUCAAGAAACCUAUUCCUAUUAUGGAAGCCUCAAUAAAUUAUUUAUGAAUAUUGGUUAUCAUAAUGAACACCACGAUUUUACAAAAGUACCGUGGACAAGGCUCCCCGAAAUUCAUAAAAUUGCAGCUGAAUAUUACGAGGCAUUUAAGGAAAAACUCGAGUAUGACUAUUGA